AUGAAUGAUAAUAUAAGAGGAGUACCCGUGAAUAAAUUUUCACGAAAAUAUAAACUUGCAAGGGAAGUAUCGGAAGCCCAAACCAACUCGACGAAAGUGUCACCUUAUGCAAAAUUUCGUGGUUCUAAAGUUUUGUAUGUUACCGACUUUGCCUCACUGGCCUGGUGUGAAAUGCAACAACAUUAUUCCCUUAUGGCAGGUGGAAAGAAAGAGACAAAGGCCAUGAGAGCCGGUUCGAAAAUACAUAAUGAACUAGAACUACAGGUUCAUGACAUUGUUACAAUACCAACAAAGACGAGAGAAGACUUAUGGGGCAUCAAAUUUUAUAAUGUGAUCGUUGGACUCGAAUCACUUGACACGAACUAUAAAACAAGAGAGUUACCAAUUUUUGGAUUUGUAUCAGAUCUCUUUGUAUUUGGAAUAAUUGAUCAAGUUGGAAUGAAAAAUCGUGGAGGGGAAUGGACUAUAUCUGAUACAAAGACUCGAGUAAGACCAUUUUUACCGGAUCAAUCAAAGAUUUUACCGUCAGUAAAGUAUCAAUUAAUGCUUUAUAAAAAACUUUUUGAUGCACUAAUACAAGGUGCAAUUGAUGAGGAGAUAAUAUAUCAAAGACUUCGUUUGAAUCCAGAUUUAGAAUUUUCAAGUGAAUUGGCUAAUAUUAUUAAAAGAUUUGGAAAUUUGGAUGAAGGAAAGGAGAAGGAAUUUCAACCAAAUUUACGAAAUCUUAUGAGAAUCGUGGUUAAUAAUUUUGGAAAGUUUCGGAAAUCGAGUAAUACUUUGGAAGUGAAUUAUAAAUAUCAAAAGGACGGAAGUGAUAUUGGUUCUUUAUAUUUUGAAUAUGAGGAGGAUCAGAUAAUGAGUUAUUUAACGAAAUCGGCUAAAUAUUGGAAAGGUGAUAGAACACCGGAUGGUGUUCCCAUCGAAGAAGCAUGGAAAUGCCAGAUUUGUGAAUUUGCUGAUGAUUGUGAAUGGAGAUUGAAUAAAAUUAAAGAACUUUCUCAGAAAAAACGUGCACUAGCAGAAAUUACAAAUGCUGGUCGAAAAUGA